GUAUGUAUGUAGUUAGGUUUUUGAGUGCAUAUAUUCGUUUCUUCUGGCCUUCCAAAUCGAACCAGAUCUCGACAUGGCGACUGUAUUAUCUGAUGAUGGCAAACACGUUGUAGUGAUUGCCUUCCCCUUUGGGAGCCACCCUUUAGCUCUUCUAAACCAGGCCAUCAGACUUGCUCGCGCUGCUCCAAACAUCGCUUUCUCGUUCAUCAACACUGAAAAAUCAAAUCAGUCCCUCUUCUCCAAGCAACCAAACAUACCACAAAACAUCAAACCCUACACAGUUUCUGACGGAGUACCAGAUCAGGAUCACGUGCCAGGCACGCUCCCCCUCCCUGGUCCAGUACUAGUAGACUUGUUUCUUCAGGCUAGUCUUGAGAACCUUGAACAGGCCAUAGAUUUGGCAGUGAAGAGCACAAACCAGAGAGUCGCUUGCAUUCUUUCAGACACUUUCGUAAGUUCUCCUUCUCUCUCUCUGUCCCACAAACUCAAUGUCCCUUACAUUGCAGCUUGGCCUUCGCUUUCGAUCUCAGUCUCUCCUCAUUUCUACACCCACUUAAUACGCCAAAAGAUCACUAAUUCUCAUGAACCAAACAAAAACACAUACCUUGAUUUCCUUCCUGGUUUGUCCCACUUGCGUGUUGAGGACUUGCCACCUGAUGUCUUGCUCAAAACUGGCGAAGAACAUAAAGAGACUGUGUUCAGUAAAAUACUAGCUUCUUCGGGACAAGUUCUUCCUCAAGCAAGAGCACUAGUUCUGUGUUCCUACGAGGAAUUAGAUCCUCCUCUCUUUGUUCAGGACCUUAAGUCCAAGUUAAAGUCACUGCUAUACAUUGGUCCUCCAUUGUCACGACCUGACAGUGCCGACCCCAACGGGUGCUUGCCAUGGUUGGACAAACAAGGCUCUAGAUCAGUGGUUUAUAUCAGCUUUGGAACUGUGGUGGCCCCACCCCAACAAGAGCUUGUAGAAGUUUCAGAAGCACUUGAAGCUAGUGGGUUUCCAUUUCUGUGGUCUCUAAAGGAUGAUCAAAAGAGGCUUUUGCCAAAUGGGUUUGUUGAGGGGACAAGCAUGAUAGGGAAGAUAGUGCCUUGGGCUCCUCAAACACAGGUUUUAGCACAUGGAUCUGUGGGAGUGUUUGUGACUCACUGUGGGAGUAACUCAGUGAUGGAGGGUUUGGCCAAUGGAGUGCCUAUGAUUUGCAGGCCUUUCUUUGGAGAUCAUGGGAUGGCUGCAAGAACGGUGGUGGAUCUGUGGAGGAUUGGAGUCAAAACACAAGGUGGGGUUUUCACCAAAAGUGGAUUGCUUCAAAGCUUGAAUCUGAUUUUGGUGGAGGAACAAGGUAAGGAGAUCAGAGAAAAUGCCUUGAAGAUGAAAAAGACUAUGCAAAUUGCUGGCGGGGCAGACGGGAAAGCUGCUCAAGAUUUCAAGACUUUGGUAGAAAUAAUUACCAGUUCUUAAACCAUCCGCAAGUCUCUUAUAAUUACUAGUUAAUGAUGUGUAGUGUAUUCAGUAUUUACUUCCUCAUGGUUUCGUUCCAUUAUCUUAUCUUUUCAACAAGUUUCUGUCACUAAAACA